AUGGCCACGACGAGCGUUUUGUCACCGGCAGAGUUGGAUCUCGUCCAGAGCUGCAAGACACUCCACCAGGCUCACGGCGUCAGCUCGUCAAUUCUCUCUGGACCAAAUGGAGACGCCACCUACACUCGCAACACUCUCCUCCAGAUGUACGCCAAGCUCGGCAGCGUCCACCACGCCCGCUCCAUCUUCGACUCCAUCGCUAGAAGAGAUGACUACUCUUGGGUCAUGAUGCUCACGGCCUAUGCCCAAAACGGGCAUCUCACCCUCGCAAGGAGCGUCUUUGACGCCAUGCCCGAGAGAAACAUCGCUGCGUGGAACGCGAUGCUGGCAGCCUAUGCCCAGAAUGGUCGUCUCGAGGAAGCAAAAGUUGUUUUCUCCGAGAUGCCUGUUUGGAACGUCGUCUCGUGGACGACUAUGGUGACUGCAAAUGCCCAGAACGGGUAUGUUCUUGAGGCAAAGAUCCUCUUUGAGAAGAUGCCAGAGACCAACUUGGUCUCCUGCAACGCUCUCCACUCGGCAUUCGCUCGGAAUGGUUUCGUGAGAGAAGCGAAAGAGGUGUUUGAUUCAAUGCCGGCGAGGAACGUCUUGUCAUGGACGAGCAUGCUGACUGCCUAUUCUCAAAAGCGGCAUAUCGACCAGGCAAUGGAGUUUUUCCGCGAGAUGCCAGAGACCAACGUCGUUUCUUGGAACACAGUGCUGGGGGCUCUCUCGCAGUCCUCUCGAGCGGGCGAAGCAAAGAGAGUGCUUGCAAGAAUGCCAGAGACCGACUUGAUAUCCUGGAACGCAGUUCUGGGAGCAGUGUCCGGGAACAUCACCGAGGCAGUGGAGCUCUUCGACAGAAUGCCGGAGAGAAACACUGCCUCCUUCAACACGAUGAUCACAGCUUACGCUCAACACGGUCGGCUCGAAGACGCGAGGAGGAUUUUUGAGGUGCUUCCCGAGAGAGACAUGGUUUCGUGGAAUGGGAUGCUCACAGCGUACGCACAGAACGGUCACGUGGCGCAAGCUGCGAGGAUUUUCUUCCAUGCAAUGCCAAAGCACGACAUGGUGUCCGGGAACAUUCUCCUGGCAGCUUACGGCCAGGCCGGGCGUGUGCAAGAGGCAAAGAGCGUCUUUGAUGGCAUGAUGGAGCACAAUCUAGUGGCCUGGAAUGGAAUGCUCAUCGCUUACGCCGCGAAAGCUCGAGUGGAGGACGCAAAACUGGUUUUUGAUGCGAUGCCGGACAGUGAUAUCGUCUCCUGGAAUGUGAUGCUCGGCUUGUAUGCUCAGGCCGGGCAUUUGGAGGAGUCGCAGUGCCUGUUUGAAGUGAUGAAGGAGAGAAACGUCGUGUCGUGGACGAGCAUGGUGGCAGCGUACGCUCAAAACAGGCAGCUCCAGCAAGCUCGGAGCUUGUUCUUCGAAAUGCCCGAGUGGAACGUCGUGACUUGGACGGCCAUGCUCGUCGCCUACGCUCGAGACGGUCACCUGGAGGAGGCAAAGUUCGUGUUUGAUAGCAUGCCAGAAAGGGACCAAGUUGCGUGGAACGCUUUGCUCGAGGCCUAUGCCGAAGCUGGUCACUUGGAUCACGCGAAGAACUUGUUCGAUCAAAUGCCGGAUAGGAAUCUCGUCUCCUGGACCGCGAUGCUCGCAGCGCAUGCUCAAGAUGGUCUUCUCCUAGAAGCUGAAUUGCUCCAUCACUCGAUGCCACAGCGAGACUCGGCCACUUGGAACGUAAUGCUCGACGGCCAAGAGGGUCUUCUCGAUCGAGCAAACUCUUCGAUAGACGCACUCGAAGUUUUCCAGCUCGUGAAGAUCGAAGGCAUGGAACCGGACGAGAUUUCCUUCCGGUGUAUACUUUUGGGAUGCAGCCACACGGGGGAUGUAGGCGCCGCCAGAUCUUGCUUUGCUUCGCUCGUCUCGGACCACUCCAUGAAACCAUCCAAGGAGCUCUACACUUGCAUCGUGGAUAUCUUGUGCCGGGCAGCAUACUUGGAGGACGCUCAUGAGCUUCUCAACACCAUGCCUUUCAUGCCUCAAGCAAUGGACUGGCAGUGCUUGCUUCGGGCUACACGAAGCCGUGACUUUGCCACUGGUGUGAGUGAUUCCGAUCAAGCAGCCAAAAGAGCUCUGGAUUUAAAUUCGAAAGCCUCCGCGCCGUAUGUAUUAUUAGCAAAUUUGUAUUCUAGAACCAUUCAAAACUAA